AUGGCCGAGUUCAUUCGCUCGCAGAUCUUGGGAACCACCUUCGAGACCACAAACAGAUAUGCGGACCUCCAACCGGUCGGACUUGGGGCCUUUGGGCUCGUCUGCUCCGCAAACGAUCUCAUCGCCCGCCAACCAGUAGCCAUCAAGAAGAUGAUGAAGCCAUUCUCGAACCCCACGAUCGCUAAGCGUACGUAUCGGGAAGUUAAGCUGUUGAAGCAUUUACGUCAUGAAAAUCUCAUUGGCCUGAGUGAUAUCUUCAUCUCACCAUCCGAGGAUGUGUACCUUGUGACCGAGUUGUUGGGAACUGAUCUCAACCGACUGCUCACAGCCAAGCCCCUUGAUGGCAAGUUUGUCCAAUACUUCACAUAUCAGCUUCUGCGGGGAUUGAAAUACAUUCACUCGGCAGGGGUCAUCCACCGGGAUCUCAAGCCUAGUAAUCUGCUGAUCAACGAGAACUGUGAUCUGAAGAUCUGUGACUUUGGCUUGGCUCGGGUGCAAGAGCCUCAGAUGACGGGCUAUGUCUCCACCAGAUACUACAGAGCACCCGAGAUCAUGUUGACUUGGCAGAGAUACGGCAAGCAGGUGGACAUCUGGAGUGCUGGCUGCAUUGUUGCCGAAAUGCUCCGUGGCAAGCCCUUGUUCCCCGGUAAAGAUCACAUCAACCAGUUCUUCCUGAUCACGGAAGCGCUUGGAAGCCCACCGGACGAGGUGAUUCAGAGGAUCAGCACGAAGACGACUUUGCAGAUUGUUCAGUCACUGGGCAAACGCAAGCCUCCGGUGUGGGGGUCCCUGUUCCCCGGGGCUGACGCUCAGGCGGUUGAUCUACUCGCAAAGAUGCUUGUAAUUGAUCCCGACAAACGUAUCUCCGCCGAGGAAGCCUUGGAACACCCAUACCUGGCUGUUUAUCACGACCCUAAUGACGAGCCCGUUGCCGAGACUAUGUUUGACUGGUCUUUCCAGGAGGCCGUAUACUCUACAGAUGAGUGGAAGAUCAUGAUAUACUCUGAAGUGGUGGACUUCCACGACCUCGGUCCAACAGGGCAGCCCCUCGUCGACUCAGCUCCACCUGCUGAUCCUACGUACGGUCUCGAUAAUGUUACUGGCCUAGGCCAACAGCCGAUUGACGGCAUGUACCAGCCUCCUGUCGAUAGUAUCGACCAGGAUAUCCUGCAAUACCUGCAGAUCUAA